UCUCCCCACAUUUAUGAUCUAUCAUUCUCAUUUUCACUUGAGAUAUUUUUAGGGUUUAACUAAACCCCUCUUUUCAUCUCCCCCAUUUCUAGGGUUUCAAAUCCCAAUCUCUCCCAAUUAUUCAAUCACCAUGACUCUCUUUCGCCUAAUCCUCCGUUCUCUCUCCCGGACUCACCCCCUGGCCCAUCCCCACCUCAACCCGAACCCGACCCAUCUCAUCCCUCUCCGGACCUUCGCUUUCUCCUCCGCCGAAGAAGCCGCCGCCGAGCGCCGCCGCCGCAAACGCCGCCUCCGCAUCGAGCCCCCUCUCCACGCCCUCCGCCGCGACCCCAACGCGCCGCGCCCCACGCGUGACCCCAACGCGCCGCGCCUGCCGGACUCCACGUCAGCUCUCGUCGGGCCGCGCCUCUCGCUGCACAACCGGGUCCAGUCCCUCAUUCGGGCCAAUGAUCUCGAUAAUGCCUCCAUCGUGGCCCGACAGUCUGUAUUUUCUAAUACUAGGCCUACUGUUUUUACUUGUAAUGCUAUAAUUGCUUCGAUGCAUAGGGCGAAAAGGUAUCAGGAUGCGGUUGCCUUGUUUGCGUAUUUCUUUAAUCAGUCGAAUAUUGUGCCAAAUGUGGUUAGUUAUAAUUUUUUGAUGAAUGCACAUUGUGAUAUGGGGAAUGUGGAUAUUGCUAUGGAUGUUUAUAGGCAUAUUAUUGCGAAUGCGCCUUUUUCACCCUCGUCGGUGUCGUAUAGGCAUUUGACGAAAGGGUUGAUUGAUGCGGGGCGGAUUGGGGACGCGUUGGAGUUGCUUAGAGAGAUGAUUAACAAGGGGCAUGGGGCGGAUUCGUUGGUUUAUAAUAAUUUGAUUUCGGGGUUUUUGAAUUUGGGGGAUUUGGAGAAGGCGAACGAGCUUUUUGAUGAGUUGAAGGAGAGGUGUUUGGUUUACGAUGGGGUUGUGAGUGCCACGUUUAUGGAUUGGUAUUUUAAGCAAGGAAAGGAGAAGGAAGCGAUGGAUGCAUAUAAGUAUUUGCUGAGUAGAGAGUUUAGGAUGGUGCCAGCAACUUGUAAUGUGCUUUUAGAGGUUUUGCUUAGGUAUGGGAGGAAAGCUGAGGCCGAGGCUUUGUUUGAUAAGAUGUUGGAUGAUCAUACUCCGCCUACAGUACAGGCUGUGAAUUCUGAUACUUUUAAUAUAAUGGUGAAUGAGUGUUUUAAGGAGGGGAAAAUUGCUGAGGCGUAUGAAGUGUUUAAGAAAGUGGGUAAGGGUGCAAAGUCAAAGCCUUUUAUGAUGGACGUUGGAGGGUCUAAUAAUAUGAUUAUGAGGUAUUGUGAACAUGACAUGGUGGAUGAUGCUGAAAAGGUAUAUUUGGAAUUAUGUGGAAGGUCGUUGAAUCCGGAUGUUACAACUUACCGAACUUUGAUUGAUGCAUAUUUCAAGGUGGGGAGGGUUGAUAAUGCUUUGGAAAAGUAUAUCAAAAUGGUGGAUGUAGGUCUACGGGUAAUUCCUCCUUACGCCAAUCAAUGGUUUUCACUUCUUAUUGAAAAUGGUAAGGUUAUGGAUUGUGUGCCAAUACUGACUAAAAUGGCAGAAAGAGAGCCGAGACCGGAUGUCACUACUUACGAUAUUGUAAUUCGGGCACUUAGCCAGCAAGGUAAUUUGGAUGCUGUUCUUGAGCUAGUUGGACAGAUGUGUAGAUAUGGUGUAGGCAUCACUUCACCCCUUGAGCAAUUUUUGUCCGAGACUUUUGGCAAUGCGGGGCGGGAUGAAGAGAUUAACAGACUUAUGCAUGCAAGAUAUCCUCCUUAUGCAGCACGUGGUCCUCCAGCAGGACCCCCUCGAAAUCCCAGACAACCUGCAUAUUGAGUUUAAGGAACCUUUAUGUUUUGGUGGAAGUUACAUCUAUUGGCAAUAACAGUGACAUUCUCAUUGAAUUUGGUGUGUUAUAUGUAAUGAUUUAGUAUAUUCUAAAUUUCUGGAGCAAAACAUCGCCAGCAUAGUAAAUUAUGAACUAUUCUGUUCAUCUUUCUUUUCUCUAUCCCACGGUUCUAUAGUUAUAUUCGUGCU